UGAUAUCCGGUAUUAGUUUGCCUUGCUUGACAGUCGUAGUGGAAGUCGGGACUUGGACGCUCAGCUUCUCCCUGACUGGACCAAGUUGCUGUUUGCUGGUGCCAACGCCCGGCGAAAAAGAUAGCUAACGUUAAAUAGCGGAGGUACGGUGGGUAUUGCCAGGGUUAUUGCCAGUAGAAUCAAAAAGUACAGAGAUGCAGACUAUCAAAUGUGUGGUCGUGGGUGAUGGAGCAGUGGGAAAAACCUGCCUAUUGAUUUCGUACACCACCAACAAAUUCCCCUCUGAAUAUGUACCAACAGUUUUUGACAACUAUGCAGUAACUGUAAUGAUUGGGGGUGAACCCUACACCCUUGGCUUAUUUGAUACAGCAGGUCAGGAGGAUUAUGACCGGUUACGACCACUAAGUUACCCACAGACAGAUGUCUUCUUAGUCUGUUUCUCAGUUGUUUCACCUUCCUCAUUUGAGAAUGUUAAAGAAAAGUGGGUUCCUGAAAUAACUCACCACUGUCCCAAGACCCCGUUCCUGUUGGUAGGAACUCAGAUCGACCUGCGUGAUGACCCCUCCACAGUGGAGAAGCUAGCCAAGAACAAACAGAAGCCAAUCACCCCUGAGACAGCGGAAAAGCUUGCCCGUGACCUGAAGGCAGUCAAAUAUGUUGAGUGCUCAGCCCUAACACAGAAAGGAUUAAAGAAUGUGUUUGAUGAGGCAAUACUGGCUGCCCUGGAGCCUCCUGAACCUAAGAAAAGACGUAAAUGUGUUCUGCUCUAAGUUUCGUCACAGCCUUCUCCACACAAUUUUCCAAAUCUAGAUUAACAGUACUGAAGAGGUUUGCUACACAAGCACAUUCCAACAUGAGUUGAGGUUUCAUAAAAUAUUUGCCUUCUGACUGACUUGACUGAAAUACAUAUUCAAUGUAAGAUUGAGUAACAUUUGAUGCUGUUUGUGAUGACUUGAUGGCAUUGAAAUUCAUCAGUCUUACAUGAUGUGAGGACUGAAUACUUGAAGUGUAUCAACAAACCAUAGGCUACAUUAUUAAAUAACAUUUCAUUUUGCAGAAGUGAUAUUCCAAAAGAACUGACUAUGAAAUGGUAUUUAAUAGAACGACUGUUGUACAGACUGCUCUGUAAAACACAAAGGCUGAUAAUGAUGGGUUAAGUGAGGUGUUCAGUAUGUCCAACAUCUGUCUUAAGUAUUUCCCUUAGUGCAUCAUUUAUACUGGAUGUCCAACUCUGGUGCACAAGAUUGCAUUGAUUUGACAUGGCAUCAUUCUUUCAUCAUCAGUGGAGUCAUAGAACUAAAGUGUUUUGUUUUCCAAACAUUUUUUUUAAAGAAAAAUACAUUUCUCAAAUAGUUAACAGAAGUCUCAUUAUUAUUAUUAUUUACAUAAUUUCAUGUUUAAUGUCAACAUAGCCUCCGGGUGGAUCUUAGAAGUAUUUGACGUAAUGACAUUUCUAGGCUAUGUUUUAUCGUAGUUCUAGUUUGCCAAAACAAAACUUGAUUGACACUUGUCAUCAACAGAAGCUGACAAGUGGGAAUGGUAGGGAAACAAUGUCAACACUCUGUUUGAAGUUAUUUUCCCCCACAAUUUCCCAGUUGUUUACGUUCUGUGAGAAGUGAGUUAACAAGAAGGUGUUGGAUGUCCUGGAUACUUAUCAAAACUUACAAUAGAUGAACUUUGUACCUGGGUAUAACCCCAGGCUAAUGAAUGAUUUUGUAAACUGAACAUACUUGCUGUUACACUGCAGCAUCAUUAAGUCAGACUUACACAUUGUGAGAGUUCUUACAAAAUGCUAUAAAUUGUUUGAAACCCUGUGAAGAUUUGAGUGACUGAACUAGUACUCUUUGCAUUUGUCUUUUCCUAUGCCUGGAUGGUGGGCUUGAAUUUGAUUUGUAAAUAUAGUGGGAAUAACAUAAGUUAUUGACUUAAUACAAUGUGUUCAUUACUCAUUCUGAGAUUUUAGAAAAGCUGAGAUGACACUGAUGUCAAAUUUACCAGAAAAAUGUUGAAUGAGUUUCUUGGACUUCUAAUCAAUUUGACAAGGCUAUUCUGUAUCUUGCAUCACAAUAAACCAGUAUUAUGAAUAAACCUAACUUCAAAUAUUA